AUGGCAGCCCUGCAAGAUGCCCUAGAAUCUCUGGGCCCGAUAUCCUGGGACGAGGUUCCCACCUCCCCAGAAGCAUUACGAGAGUACCUCAACGAGCUAUCCAGCAAGGCACGAUUGAUCAUUGACUCCGUUCCCGAACCUCCAUCCACCGAGACCAACUCGUCCUCGAAUCUUGCCCCCACCAGCAAUACCAAUUCCUCCCCGCCCUCCUCCCGCGUCAGCCCCUCCCCCGCCCGCCUCGGCACCCCAGACCCAACCCUGCAAUCCCUCCAACGCGAAUGGGGCAAGCCCAUCAAGACCAACAACGCGAAAGACAACCCGCUCGAACUCCUCAUCCACAAACUCCAAGGCCGAGACGGCAACGGGGCCUGGUUCGCCCGGCGAAGCGUGCACGAGGGCCUCUCGUUCUCGAAAUGGCAGGCCAAGCUGUCGAGCGAGAUGCUGGAGACGCUGAGGGCGAAUCGGAAACGUCUGGAGAAGGGGCGCACGCCGGAUCAGUCGGUCCGCGGGAUCGGGGCCGAGGAGCAUGUUGAGGAGGUCGAGGUCUGCGACGACGACGGGCGCCGCAUCGGCACUGUGAAUGUCUUCCAUGUUUCGGCGCAGUUUCCUAAACCCACUACGCCGAGGGACUUCGUGGCGUUGAUUAUCAAUUGGGAGGUGGGGGUCGAUGGGGGCAGAUGUUGGAUGAUGAUUUCGAAGCCGUGCUUGCAUCCUGAUGUACCGCCGUCGCAGGGGUACAUCAGAGGUCAAUAUGAAUCAGUGGAGUUCAUUCGGGAGAUUCCGCCAGGACAGGAUGAUGUCGAGGAUGACGAAGAGUCUAACCCCGUGGAAUGGGUGAUGGUAACCCGGAGUGACCCCGGAGGCACCAUUCCUCGCUGGAUGGUCGAAAAGGGCACUCCGAAGAGUAUCUGCGCGGAUGCAGGGAAGUUUCUGGACUGGGCCUGCAAAGAGACAGACUCACCCGACUCGGCCAAAGAUGAACAGGACAAGCCAGAAGACAGGGCUGACGCGGACGAUGGAAGUGACGGCGAAUCCACCGAUUCCGACCUAUCGGAUACCGAAGUCGAACACCAUGGACUGAUCGCCAGUUUUGCCUAUCUGCUGAAUGCCGGCCUGGAUAGAUAUGCACCCCAGGCAGUGCUGGAUUAUCUACCUCGCCAGGGCCAAUUAUCCCGCACAAACACCGAAGAUAGCCUAGUAUCUCAGACCGACAAGCCGCCUCGAAGCAGCGCAGACUCCCCAGCCAGCCCUGCUGCCAAACGAAAAGAGAAGGAAAGCCAUGACACUCGAUCCCAAACAUCCCAAGGCAAUGCGUCGGCCGCCGCCUCGAUCAAAUCGGGACUCGCCACGCCGCUGGAGCAGGACAUCGCACCCUUAGAAGCCAUGAUGGCCAAAAAGGGCAAGCUGACCUCGCACGAGAAGCAGCUCAUCAAACUAGCGGAGCGAAAACGCGACACCGAGGCCCAGUUGGAGCGCGUCCGGUCCGAGAUCCAAUCCCUCCACCUACCACCUCGCGACGAGGAUUCCAAGCGAGACAGGGCCUUGUCCGCCGCAUUGGCCUCCGUCGACAACCCGUCCAGCGAACAAGUCAGCAGCAGCCCCGCCAGCAGCGUCAAGAAGAGCUCCGACAAGGGCUCUGGCGACAAAGACAAAAGCAGCAGCAGCAAGAAGACGCGCCAGGACGCACCCGCCAACGACUCUGCCCGCAUGCACAAGGUCGCCUCGGGCCUGUUCAACGAAGAAGCGAAGCUCGUCAAACAACUUGGCAAGAUCAACCGGAACCAGCUCAAGGAGGCCUCCAAGAUCGAAGCCCGCCAGCGCAAGGAGACCGAGCGGGAGGUCAAGACCCGCGCGCGCACCGAAGUCGAGACCCUGCGCCAGGAAAACGAGCAUCUGAAAAAGGAGCUCGAGCGGUUCCGAAACGAGCGCAAGCACUGGCUGGAUCUGGUCGGGUCCUUGCAGGCCGAGAAUACCAAGUUG